AUGGCGCGAAGUCAAUCUCAAACAUGGCGAACAAGUCUUCGGACAACUUUGCAGGAUGUUUCGUUCAUUCAUGUGCAUUACUUCUAUUUUUGUGCCACAUGCCUUAUGGCGAGCCUCAUUUUCUGGGGCUCAUCGACGCCAGCAAAAUCGGUCCGCUAUAUCGAUAGCCUUUUUCUGUGCAUAUCUGCAAUGACCGAAGCAGGCCUGAACACGAUCAAUCUAUCAGAGCUCAACACAUGGCAACAAGUUAUGCUAUUUCUCCUUAUCAUUGCUGGGUCCGCAAUAUUUGUGUCAAGCGCCAUUCUCCACGUCCGCAAGCGAGCCUUCGAACAGAGGUUUGCCGAGCUAGCAGAGCAGCGACGUCGGAGGCGAUUGAUGAGGCCGCGGACCUUGAGCUUCUCCUUCUCUAGGCGAAGACCCAGCACUUCGGGAGACCACGAAUCAGCAGUCGCUUCGGGUGCUGUUCGUGGCCGUGCUAUUAAGGAACCUGUGGAUCACCUUGAUAACAAAGCCUCGAUAGAUCGAGAGCGAACAUUGUCAAAUUUAGACACUGCGGCGUCUCAAGCAGCGGUUAGCGAUGUGGGAGCCGCGAAAGAUGACCAAAACAGCCAUAUCCGUUUCCCAGAUAUGCUCCCUGCUGCAGACCAUACUCAUGACCCUGUGCGGCCGCGGCCGUCAAGUCGUCACAGAACGAGCUUCUUCGAAGGACGAGGUGUCGGAGCCCGGCCUCUGGACAAUCACCCGCGAAAUGUUAUGCCAACGAACGCACCAUAUCUGCCAGAUCGAGAUGAGGCCAUCACAGAUGAGGAAAACGAGCUGCGCAAGGAUCCUCGUUCAAAAUUAGGCAAAUACAUCAACACGGUCAAUGGCUACCUAGGGCGGAACAGUCAGAUUCACGGCUUGAGCGAGAAAGAACGCAAGAAAUUGGGCGGUAUCGAAUAUGAUGCUAUAUGCUUGCUCUCGUGGGUUGUACCGCUGUAUUUCUUCUUGUUUCAGCUUUUUGGCGCGUUAGGCGUGGGUGCUUGGAUCAGGAUCAACCGCCCUGGAAUGACGUUGACUAAUGGUCUCGAUCCAUUUUGGACAGGAGCUUUCUUCGCUGUCUCGGCAUUCAACAAUUCCGGCAUGGCCCUGCUGGAUGCGAAUGCGACUGUGCUCCAGACGAGCUACUACGUCCUGCUUACGAUGAGUUUACUCAUUCUGGCAGGCAACACCUGCUUCCCGCCCUUUUUGAGAUUGAUUUUAUGGACCAUGAAGAAGGCAAUCUCGAGGAAGAACCCCACCUCGUCUACGUGGCAACGACGCCGCCAGACCCUUGAGUUCUGCUUGGACCAUCCUCGACGGGUUUACACCAACCUGUUUCCUGCAGCGCAGACAUGGUGGCUCGUCUUCUCUCUGGUCAUGCUGAAUGGGAUCGACUGGGUCGCAUUUGAACUCCUCAACAUUGGCAAUCCUGUCACGGAUGCAAUCCCAGUACAUUUCAGAGUUUUGGAUGGACUCUUCCAGGCGUUUGCCGUCCGCAGUGGAGGGUUCUACGUGGUUUCCAUCUCCGGGCUACGGUCGGGCCUCUUGGUCCUCUAUGUCGCUAUGAUGUACAUCUCGGCAUUUCCCAUAGCAAUGACGAUUCGAAACACCAAUGUUUACGAAGAGAGGUCCUUGGGUAUAUAUGCCGAGGACAUUGAGGAGGCGGAGAAGGAAGCAGAGCGAGGCGGCGGCGGCGAGCUCUCUGAGAAGGGACUGGUGGCAGGUCACAAGUUCAUUUCUGGCUUCAAGCGAACGAUGACUCUGAGCCAUGGCACUGCUCCAGCGUCGCCAAAGCUCACGACGUGGACCCGGCAAGAUUUUGUCCGCCAGCAGCUUCGUGGUCAACUCGGGCAUGAUCUGUGGAUUCUCGUCCUUGCGGUCUUUAUGAUCACCGCCAUUGAGACUGGACAAUUCGAGCGGGACCCUGUCAACUUUUCCACCUUCAACAUCAUUUUCGAGGUUGUGUCUGCGUACGGGUGUGUGGGCAUAUCAGUCGGCAUUCCCUGGGCGGCCUACUCCUUCUGUGGAACGUGGCACACGGCAAGCAAGCUCGUUCUUUGCGUCGUGAUGCUCCGUGGACGCCAUCGAGGCUUACCCGUCAGUAUCGACCGCGCCAUCCUUCUUCCUGACGAGAGUCUUGCGUGGGCCGAAGAAGAGGAUGCGAACAGGCGAGGAGCCCAUGCCGCCAUGCCGAGCCUCACAAUCAUGCCCAGCAGGGAAGUGUUGCGGCACAGAAGAACUAACGACUCUGGUGGUGGCCCAGGUCCUAGUGUGCUUGACUCCGUGAAAGAUGCCGGCCAUCUCGUCUGA